GUAUAUAAGCCGUAGUUAUAGUAUAAAACAUUUUAUGUUAUCGUGACUUUGAGGUGAAUAUGGCGUUACAAUUUGAGGGGGUACCGGCAGGUGUCAGUGAAAAACAACAGCAGUUUAUUCGUGAAGUGCUACAAAAAAGAGGAUUUGAAAAUAACAAGGUGGUGUUCGAACCAGCUGGCAAGGCUGGUGAUAACUUUGUAGCCACCGUUUUGAGAAUAACAGUUAUUGUUCAAGAUGGCAAUGACUUCAAGAUGAUCGCCAAAGUCGCACCACAACUUGAGGCUGUACGUACCGGUAUGAACACAUCAUAUUUGUUCAAUAACGAAAUAAUUAUGUACGAACAAGUGCUACCAAAAUUUAAAAGUCUGCAAGAAGAAGCUGGCGUAUCAGAAAAUGAAAUUUUGCGGUAUGCUCAUUGUUACGGUUGCCUUUCGGAAGAACCAAACGAAGUGAUUUUGCUUGAGGACUUAAAACCUUUAGAUUACGUAAUGCUGGAUAGGCGUGCGCCGAUGAGCAAUGAAGCCGUGUUGCUGGUUCUCAAAAACUUUGCUACUAUACAUUCCAUGUCAUAUGUUUUAAAACAUUUGGAACCAGAAACGUAUGAAAAUUUUAGUAACAGAUUGACUGAUGUGUGGAAAUUAAUGGCAAAUGAGGACCAAAUGAUGUUUUUGGCGCAAGUUGAACAAAGUGCUCUCGAAGUAUUAGAUGACGAGGAAUACAAAAAAUACAUACGCGGUGUUGUUUCUCAAAUGAAUGCACUAUUGCCUAAAAUUAAGAAACACGAGAACCCUAAAUAUUUAAUAAUUCAGCAAGGUGACUCCUGGACAAAUAAUAUCAUGUUCCAACUUGAUGAAGGCAAGCCCUCGAAUGCCAUCAUGAUCGACUACCAGCUGGCCAACGAGAACAGUCCAGUGGCCGAUCUCCUUUACUUCGUCUUCUGCUGUACAGACCACGCCAUAAGGUCAGAACAUUACCAAGAUUGGAUAAGCUUCUACCACGAUCAGCUUGACAAAUCAUUAUCCAACUUCGGUUUGAAGGCCAACUACAUUUAUCCAAAGGAUCAGCUGGACGCAGAUCUCAAGAGAUAUUCCAAGUUGUUCUUAGGAUCGGCAGUUCUGCUGCAAAGUAUGCUGAUGAGGAGUCCAGAAGAAGCCGCUCAGAUGCACGAAGCGAUGACGAAAUUUGAUGUGGAAAAAUUGGAGGGUAUGCCAGUGGAGACUCUUAGCGGAGAUACCAUCGCUCUGUUCAAAAGUGCACUUCAUGGUCUAAUAGACAGCUACCGUCAGUUUGGAUACGUUUCCUAAGCUACUAGAUUCUCCAAGCCAAGAUGAAGGAAGUUAAAGCAAGUAUUGCUAAGUAGGAUAUUGUCCGUAUUCACAAACAUUACUAUGAGGUCUUACAGUGCGCGUGGACGCACAGGGUGACACACGACCCAAUCACAGAGCUCUAUUCAACGCUGUGCGUUUGAUUUGCUGCUUCACAUAAGCAAGCAUCGUAUGUGAAUAUGUGAAUUUUGUUUAAGUAUAAUAGUGCGUUAUUUCGAAAGAUUGCCCACCGUAAGAUGCAAAUAAAAUAAUGUGAAUUAACA